AUGGGCUCGCAUGGUCCUUCCGCGGAGCUCGGGCCCCUGGCGCAAGCUUUACAGCGGAGACGCUCAGCUGCGGGCUACCAGGACCAACAAACGUUUCCCACGAUGAAGUACAUGGCACCUCCACUUCCACCGACCAGUCCGAAGCGGAAGCCGUUGGGAGACUGCAAUGGCGUCCCCAACCGGGCGGUUGGGCCGAUGGCCAUCGCACAACGUCCCUGCGGGCCCAACAUUCCCCGUCCCAAUACCUCUGGCUUGGGAUUGCGAAAGAUCACCGAGGGUGUCGAGCAGCAUCACAGCGCGUCUGGUUGCGAACAGAAGCCCGGGAGCGAGCAGCGCCUCGAAAGCACAAGAGGCCUCGAACGUCCCCCCGAACAUCGUCCCGGCGAAGCUACGGGUCUUGAACUACGGCGAAGCUUUGAGCAUCGGAAAAGCCUGGAGCUGAGACCAACAAAUGAGACCAACAUCAGACCGACAGAAUCGCGUGGGAACGGGGCUAGCCGCGAGCAGCAUAAAGCCGCAGACGCAGAUUUUAAAUUCCACGGCAGCACGAUGGGCUUCGACCCGCGCUCCGGGACCCAAAGCUACGAGCCGCGUCCCGGCGCUCCUGGCCUUGAGCAUUGUCCAAACAUGGUGGGAUUUGAACCACGGCCACGAUCUGCAGCGGCCUUUGAGGCGCGGCCGAACGGGACUGGCAACGAGCAACAGCAACAUCGCCCCGGUUCGGCGGCAACGGGCUUGGAGACGCAGUCCGGCGGCGCACCAAAUUCCGACAAGUAUCACAACACAGCGGGUUCGGACCAGCCAGGGUCCCGCCCCUCCAAAGCGCAGCCGCAGCACUUGCGCCCUCAUCCAGACGCGCACCCGCAGCAGCCGCACCAGCAGAAGCAGCAUCAGCUCGAACCCAACUCAGUUGCGCGCCUGGGUGAUCAUCAUCAUCAGCAACAACAACAGCAACAACAACACAACCAGCAACGACAGCAGGAACCGAACUCAAUUGCGCGUCCGGGUUCGCAGCAGCAGCAACACCAUCACAACCAGCAGCAACAGCAGCAACAGCAGCAGCAACACCAUCACAACCAGCAGCAACAACAACAACAGCAGCAACAACAGCAGCGAGGCGGUUCCCACUCAGUCAUUAUGCGCCAGCCCAGCAUGCCGAACCUGGAGCGCCCGAGCUUGGGACCGCUGGCAGCAGCAGCUGCUGCUGCCAACUUCUCUGCCUCGCAGCCGCGCCGCGCCGGGGGUGCAGCACCGCCGCUGCCGCAACCGUCGGCGGCAGCAGCCACGGCCACCACCGUGCUACGCGCCAGCACGGGCACACUUGUACGGCCUUCUGUGCCUCAUUUGACCAAUACAGCCAAACCCGCCACUGUGACCACCACAACUAAAACCGCAGCCACGCGUGUCAAGGGCGCUGGAGCAGCGGCGGCAGCGGUUGGCAGGGGUAGUGCCGACAGCAUUAGCUGGAUGGCCAUCUGCGCGGAAGGCCGCGCUGAGGCGGACCGCAAGCGCGGCCUGACGCUGCCGGUGGAAGACAGAUCGGAGUUGAAGCUAUGGCUAUAUCAUGACAUUAUGCAGCGCCAGGGGAGUACGCUGAGCGCGCAGAAGGCCAUUGUCUUCCCACCGGCACUGUCAGGAAUUUGA